AUGGACAAGGCAUGGGUUUGGCUUCCAAGGGCUAGCCUUAAGUAUGUCCAAGGAGCAACCGAUUUUGUUACUCUAUCAUCAAGAAGAUUGGGUAAUCCAGCCGAGAUGUUUUGUCCUUGCGAUCAAUGUCGCAAUGUUUGCUAUCAGCCUGGUGAAGGGAAUCCACAGUCAGCGAAUGAUAGUGGAGGUGAAUACAAAGACAGUGACACCAUAGAGGAAACUGCGUUUAGGAAGAAACUGAAGGAUGCAUAG